AUGCUCUCCCCGCCAGCCAUGCUGCUGGCUGGCCUCCUCCUGGCCGCGGCCGCCGUGACUAUGGCCCAGCGGAGGGGACAGGAGGCGGCCGGGCGCCGCCGGGCACACCGAGUCCAGCACGGCCAGUGCAGCUACACCUUCGUGCUGCCUGAGCCUGAGCCCUGCCCGCCGGACCCCGAGGCCUUCGGAGGCUCCAACAGCCUCCAGAGGGACUCGCCGGCAGCGGCACUGAACCUAGGGGACUGGCCGGCCCAGCGGGUGCGACAGCUGGAGAAGGUGCUGGAGAACAACACGCAGUGGCUGCAGAAGCUAGAAAGGUACAUCCAGAUGAACUUGAGGUCAGAGCUGGCCCAGGUCCAACAGCACAUGGUCCAGAACCAGACGGCCACCAUGCUGGAGCUAGGCACCAGCCUCUUGAACCAGACCACCGCCCAGACCCGCAAGCUGACUGACGUGGAGGCUCAGGUCCUGAACCAGACGUCGCGAAUGGAGAUCCAGCUGCUGGAGACUUCGCUGUCCACCAACAAGCUGGAGAAGCAGCUUCUGCUGCAGGGCCGUGAGCUCCACCGGCUGCAGGGCCGCAACAACGCGCUGGAGACGAGGGUGCAGGCCCUGGAGACGCACCAGCAGGCCGAGCUGGCCUCGCUCCGCGGCGAGAAGGAGCGGCUGCGGCGGCUGCUGGGCCGUCAGAGCGGCGCCCUCGCCGGCCUCGAGCGCAGCCUGCGCGCCGCCAGCAGCAACUCCAGCCUCCUGCAGCGCCAGCAGCGCCAACUGCUGGAGUCCGUGCAGCGCCUGGUGCGCGUCGUGGCCCAGAGCCCCGCCUCCUCAAGGGCAGCUGAGCAGGUGUUCCAGGAUUGUGCAGAGAUCCAGCGCUACGGGGCCAAUGCCAGUGGCAUCUACACCAUCCAUGUGGCCAAUAUGACGGAGCCCAGGAAGGUGUUCUGUGACAUGGAGGCCAACGGAGGUGGAUGGACUCUCAUUCAACGCCGUGAGAAUGGCAGUGUGAAUUUCCAGCGGAACUGGAGAGAUUACAAACAGGGCUUCGGCGACCUGGCUGGGGAGCACUGGCUGGGCAAUGAGGUGGUGCACCAGCUCACCAGCAGUGCAGCCUACUCUCUGCGCGUGGAGCUGCAAGACUGGGAAGGCAACGAGGCCUUUGCUCAGUAUGAGCACUUCCAGCUGGGCAGCGAGGGGCAGUUGUACAGGCUUUCUCUGAGUGGAUACAGCGGUUCAGCAGGGCGCCAGAGCAGCCUGGUCCUGCAAGGCACCAACUUCAGCACCCGAGAUGCCGACAACGACAACUGCCUCUGCAAGUGUGCCCAGAUGCUGUCCGGAGGAUGGUGGUUUGACGCCUGCGGCCUCUCGAAUCUCAACGGCAUCUACUACCCAGCUCGCCACCACGUGCGCAAGCUCAACGGCAUCCGCUGGCACUACUUCCAGGGCCCCAGUUACUCGCUGCGGGCCACUCGCAUGAUGGUGCGUCCCGUGGGUGGCUAAUAAGCAGCCACGCCCGGAGGCCCUACCCACAUGAAGAGCCGGGACUUGGAAUCCCCCAGACAAGCUGGACCCAAACACGGGACACAGUGCCAGGGUGUUGUCCUGGGCCCCCUGGCCCCCUGAGCCAGCCGUCCUUGCCCAGGAGUCCAGAGGCUCAGCGGCCCCCGUUUCCCUCAAGUCGUAACAUGGUGGCUGUUGUAGGGAUCCUGA